UCUCUAACACGUUCAUUUCAUAGCACACAGCUUAGUUCAAGAUGUGACCUAAUCCUUGGGGGAAACCAUUCAGCUGAAUGAACGAAGCAAUCUGUAUUAUUUAAGGAUAAUUUUGAUGAUCUCAAGGAGCUAAACAUACACACAAUUAGUCAACAAAACUGAGUACUAUGACAAGUCUGCUUUAUAAUGGAUUCAUUUGAGGAUGCGUCUCCUCGUGUACUUCUGAGAAACGUACUGUACACAGAGCAACCAUGUUCACCAAUCACACGCAGUAUGUCUCAACAACAAAGCGUGGCCUUCGGGUCCAGACGGAGCACCAGGCUGCGAAAGAGCGAUGCUGGGAUCCAGUCCCCUCAGGUUGCUCUCCGGCAAAAGCUCCGGCAGAACUUGCACAAGAACAUCUCAAAAUCACCCCUUCAGCAGAGAAAGAGGUCUUUGUCAAUGUCAGGCAUGAUGGGAAAAGUGAAAAUGCCCGCAGUGACAGCGUCCCAUUCUCUCAGUGAAGACGUCACCCCCCGCAGGCUGCUCCGUGGGAUUCUCCAGACAGAACCCGAGCUGUCCCUGAUAGUUCCUGAUCGACCGGACAGUGAGGAGACCGAGCUUUGUUCCACAGAGUCCAGUCUGUGCAGCAACGGACCCAGCAUGGGGAUUUCACACAUGUCCAACCUGGAGCUUCCUGACCUGCCCACAGUCAACCUGACCAUGGCCAUCAGGGGCAUCAGCCGGAAGAGGCCCAAGAGGAACAUGAACGUGUCCGUGUUCGAGAGGAAGAUAGUCGACCAGAGUGGAGAUGGCUCUGGGGAUGGGGCACAGGACGCUACGGGAAACCUGUCUGCCAUGUCGGGCGCAAGCAACCUCAGCCUGUCCCUCAAGACGCCCUGCGUGGACCUGCACACGCACAGGCGGGGGCUGCAGAGGAAUGCUGGGAAACGCAAGGCCAUCAGUGUGGAGGACUUUGAGGCAGGUGUCCAUGACCUCCAGGCCAAGAAGAGAAACCCAGACAGGGAGCAGAGCCUGAACCAGACGGCGGGGAUGGAGAAGUUCACCCUGGGCCUGAGUGACGCCACGGCCUGGAACCUCUCCAGCAUCAUCAUGAGCGACACGGCGCUGUAUCCGUCGCCCGUCUCCGGGACGACGGCCCACGCCUCCAUCGCCAUACACGACAAGGACACUGUCACGUCAACCCAGAUCCGCAAAGACCUGCAGGGAGGAGGAGGGGUGGGAGGGGGAACGCAGGCUGAAGUGGAGCAGGAGGAGAUGGCCGUGGAACGGCUGCAGCAGGAGGACGAAGAGGAGGUGGGAAGAGAUGCCUCUGGGGACGCAGCGGGUGGUGAAGGAGAAAAGGAUUACGAAGAGAAGAUGGAAGAGGAAGACUUGCUUGACCAAAUUGAGGAGGAGGGCCUGGAAGGGUCUGGGAGAGAGGGAGGGGACGAGGAGGUGAAGGAAGGAGAGGGAGAGCAGAGUUUGGCCGGAGGUGAUGACGCAGAGAUGGAAAAUGCAGAAGAGGAAGUGGAGGAGGCGGGGACCGUGGAGUCUGAGAGGGAGGCAGAGGAGCAGGGCACGGAAUUGGAUGAAGAGGAAGAGGCAGCAGUGGAGUCUGAGGAGAAGGAAGACGAGGUGCAGGAAUUUGAAAGAGAGGAAGAAGAGAAAGACACUGCAGUCGAAUCCAACAGGGAGGAAGAGGAUGGAGAGAGAGGCGACAUAUUAGAGGACAUGGAGGAAGGUGGGGCUUUUGAGAGCACUGAGACACAGGAAGAGGAAGUGGUCUCUGGUCCAGAGCAGCUGUGGGGGGCGGAGCACGUCUCACGGAGAGCCUAUCGCUCAGAGGGAGUGAUGAAGGUCUCUGGAAUGGCGGCAGGAGGGCGUGGCUACAAGAGCCUCUCCACCGGCCUACAGCCGAUGGACACGGGUGAGUCCUGCACUGAGAGAGCAGCCUCCAGUGAUGGCAAAGAAUCUGAGACACAGGAAGAGGAAGGGGCUGCAGAAUCUGAGACACAGGAAGAGGAAGUGGUCUCCGGUCCAGAGCAGCUGUGGGGGGCGGAGCACGUCUCACGGAGAGCCUAUCGCUCAGAGGGAGUGAUGCAGAUCCCUGGAGUGGCGGCAGGAGGGCGUGGCUACAAGAGCCUCUCCACCGGCCUACAGCCGAUGGACAAGGACCUGGAGAGUGGUGAAGGACUGGCUGAGCUUGUCAAGUCGUCAGUGGCCGGAGCCUCCGGUGAGUGGCACAGUGGACCGGGAGAGGGGAGCCUGCCCCCGCAUUCACCCCUCGCCCAAUCGCCUGAGUCAUCGCCCGCCUCAUCGCCCAAUGAGAUUCCCCCAUCCCAGGAACUCCGAGACUCCGGUAGGGAGAAGAGCUUAUUGGAGGAGGAAGAGGGGGUGGAGGAGGAAGAGGAAGAAGAGAAAGAUGAGGAGGGGGAAGAAGAGGAGGUGGAGGAGGAAGAGGAAGAAGAGAAAGAUGAGGAGGGGGAAGAAGAGGGGGUGGAGGAGGAAGAGGAAGAAGAGAAAGAUGAGGAGGGGGAAGAUGAGGAAGAGGAAAAUAUGGAUGGAGGUGCCUAUGCUGAUGAGCCAGAGGACAAGGAGAACUCCAUCCCUCUGGCACAGCCGGGGUCCCCUGAAAUCAGCCUCUUUUCCCCACACACCCCCCACACCUCCACGAGGGUGGAGCCCCACGCUGGGGUGAGUACUGCGGGAGAGCUGGAGCCACCUGAAGAUGACUACGAUGAAGGGGAGGAAGAAGAGGAAAACCUCUCUGAGAGUGAAGAGCUGCCCUUGAAGACUCCCGCCUUCGUUCGGGAGAGGAAACGCGUGCUGACGCCUGGUCCCGCGACAACGCCCAACUUCCUCAAACAGAUGAUGGAGGCCAGGAAGCCUGCCGAGGCUGCCGCCCCUGCUGCAAAGCCCAAGUCCCAGAGGAAGGGGCAGGCCGCGUCCUCCCAGAAGACACCGGGCCUGCCCAAGAGCUACGUCAUGUCUACUUUCAAACACUUCGCCAAGACCAAAGUGUCGUCAGACUCCCAACCUAUACUCCAGGAGAUUAUGGCCAAGUACUUUGACCGUCUGGCCGAUGACCUGGAGGCCUACGCCACGCACGCCAAGAGGAAGACCAUCGAGGUGGAGGAUGUGGAGCUGCUCAUGAGGAGGCAGGGCUUUGUGACUGACAGCAUGCCCGUCAACGUGCUGAUUGAGAAGUAUCUCCCUCACGAGUACCGGAAACUGCUGAUCCCCUGCGCGACCAGUGGGAACAAAAUCUUCCCCAAGCAGAGGAAAGGAACAGUGGCAGCCCACCUGCCACGACGCGGCUCCAAGCGGUGAACCCGAGACCGCUUCAUAAACUGUCCUUUUAUCGUUUCCAUGAAAUUACAUAUGUAUUUUAUUUUGUAUGUGUUUUAUUUUGGGUCCAGAAAAUAUUGUAUUAUGACAUUAAAAUCCAAAUGGUGGACUGUAAAGCCGACUGUCCAUUUCGUAAGAUUAAAUUUACUUUAAGAUCUGCCGUUUUAUAUCAUCUUAUUUAAUCAUUAAUAAAUAUAGUAGAGAAUGCG